UGAUAUUUUACACACCGCGAGACGGCGUUUUAUUUAGCACUGGCGCUAAUCGCAACGCGGCGUUGCAAAUCUAAUAGGCUCUUCCGUGUUAUUAUUACAAAGAUGGCUGACAUUUCCUACACAAGUAAACAAAUGGACGCCAACUGUGAGGAAGACACAACAAUAACAAUGUAUAGACUUAACUCUGGAAAUGAUAAUGGCUCUGGAUGUGUGAAAACUUGUGAUUUAUUUGUUCCUUGUUCUUCUGGAGAAGGUGUGAAUCUUGGGAUUGAUAGCAUAGUUGUUAAAAGUGAACCUAACGACAACGUCUAAUUCUGGGACUAGAUGUAGACUCUAGAUCAAGAUCUAGUACUAGUACUGUUUGUACUAACAGUUUAAGGGAAGAUGUAAAACAUGACAUUAUAGGUAGGGAAAGUGAAUCUGUGGGUGUUGAUGAGGAACAUCUGUCAGUAAAAGUAGAAGAGCCCAGUUUUGAAUAUCGGUGUGACGUCAAGGCGGAGAAAAUGACAAACUGAACAUUGAAAGUGAAAGUAGCCUGACUCUCAGACACAGUGUAGUAAAAGAUGAGCCUAUCUGUACAGAGGAGGAAGACGUGAAACCUGUCAUUAAACCAGAGUGCCUUACAGAUAUCUGUACAGUGAAAACCGAACCACUAUUUGGACAUUUUCCUGACUUUGGUGAUGAAGUGAAACAAAAAAUGGAAAAUUUUGUGAAAGAAGAAGUGUCAGAAUGGGAAGGUCCAGACUUUGGAGAGGUAGGAAAGACAGAAGAACAAGUGGGAGAUGUGGAGGAUACGUGUGCUGAGCCCGUGUUUGUUGAGGAUCACAUGAGUCAGGCUGGAGGACUACAGCUGAAAAGCUCCAAUGUGAGGAGCUUGUGUAUGGAGCAGAGUGCCAGCCCCGACACUGAUGUUGUUGCUUCCAGUAGUCUAACUUCAACUUUCUCUGCCGAUCCAGUCACAAGUUCAGGAUCUGUAGUCAGGGCCAGCUGGGAUCACGGUGAAAGUUCUGAUGUCUCAACGUACCCUCAUAGGCCACCGACUUCCUGUUCUCCGGUACAACAGACAAGUGAUAUGCAGAAAAGACAAGGUCAAAGUUCAAGCUGCAGAUUUCAGACAGGACAAAGGGUCUAUGAAGAGAACGUUGGCAGUGUCCGGAGAGAAACCUAUUCUGGUGACAUCGGUGCUGUGGAGAGAGUCUGUGACCUCCAUCAGAACAUACCAGGUGACAAGCAGAUGGACAACAGAAAUCUCUACCAUGGUCGGGAAAAACCUCACGAGUGUAAAGUCUGUGGUGAAAUGUUUUCAGAAGUAGGUAAGUUACAGACACACGAAAAAAAACACACAAGAGAUAGGCCUCACCAGUCUGAAGUUUGUGGUGCUGCAUUUACCAAGAGCAGACGUCUACAGGAUCACAAAGGAACACACACAGGGGGGAAACCUUACAAGUGUGAAGUUUGUGGUGCCACGUUUACACUCAGCGGACAUCUACACAGGCACAAAAGAAUACACACAGGAGAAAAACCUUACAAGUGUGAAGUUUGUGGUGCAACUUUUACACAAGAUGUCAGUCUUCAGCGUCACAAAAGAACACACACAGGAGAAAAACCUUACAAGUGUGAAGUUUGUGGUCUCACUUUUACACAGAGCGGACAUCUACUGAGUCACAAAAGAAUACACACAGGAGAAAAACCUUACAAGUGUGAAGUUUGUGGUGCCACGUUUACACGCAAUAGCAGUCUACAGAGUCACAAAACAAUACACACAGGAGAAAAACCUUACAAGUGUGAAGUUUGUGGUGACACGUUUACAUUUAGUUACAGUCUACAGGAUCACAAAAGAAAACACACAGGAGAAAAAACUUUCAAGUGUGAAGUUUGUGGUGCAACUUUUACAUGUGGUAUCAGUCUUCAGCGUCACAAAAGAACACACACAGGAGAAAAACCUUUCAUGUGUGAAGUUUGUAGUGCAACUUUUACACAACGCAUCAGUCUACAGCGUCACAAAAGAACACACACAGGAGAAAAACCUUACAAGUGUGAAGUUUGUGGUCUCACUUUUACACAGAGCGGACAUCUACUGAGUCACAAAAGAAUUCACACAGGAGAAAAACCUUACAAGUGUGAAGUUUGUGGUGCCACGUUUACACGCAAUAGCAGUCUACAGAGUCACAAUAGAAUACACACAGGAGAAAACCCUUACAAGUGUGAAGUUUGUGGUGCAGCUUUUACACAUGGAAUCAGUCUACAGCGUCACAAAAGAACACACACGGGAGAAAAACCUUACAAGUGUGAAGUUCGUGGUAUCACUUUUAUACAGAGCGCACAUCUACAAAGUCACAAAAGAAUACACACAGGAGAAAACCCUUACAAGUGUGAAGUUUGUGGUGCCACAUUUACAUGUAACGAAAGUCUACAGCAUCACAAAAGAAUACACACAGGAGAAAAACCUUACAAGUCUGAAGUUUGUAGUGCCACAUUUAUAUGUAACGAAAGUCUACAGCGUCACAAAAGAAUACACAGAGGAGAAAUACUUUACAAGUGUGAAGUUUGUGGUGCCACAUUUAAAAGGAGCUGGCAUCUACAGAGGCACGAAAGAACACACACAGGAGAAAAACCUUACAAGUGUGAAGUUUGUGGUGUCACGUUUUCACUUGGUAACAGUCUAAAGCGUCACAAAAGAAUACACUCAGGAGAAAAACCUUUCAUGUGUGAAGUUUGUGGUGCCACAUUUACACAGAGCCAUCAUCUACAAAGUCACAAAAGAACACACACAGGAGAGAGACCGUACAAGUGUGAAGUUUGUGGUGCCACGUUUACAUUUAGCGGAGGUCUACAGAGUCACAAAAGAACACACACAGGAGAAAAAUCUUACAAGUAGGAAGUUUGUGGUGCCAUUUUCAAACGGAGCAGACAUCUACAGAGUCACAAAAGAACACACAGAUUAGAAAGACUUUACACAAUGGGAAAUUUGUGGUGCCAGGUUUGCAUAAAGAGACCAUCUAUGGAGACGCAAAAGAACACACGUGAGAAAAAAAAUGUAUAAAAUAUUUUGGGACAUACUCUUUGUGGUCCACACGAUGACUGAAUGGUAAAUAAUGAUCUAUCUAAAGAAGGCCAGAUACAGGUGUGAAAUUUGUGCUGCAAAAUUUAACUGACUGUGAACUGGCUUCAUACUAAAGGGCAUAAUUUUGAGGAUUUUUCUUUUAGUUUAGUUUUUAGUAAUAGUUUUACAGCACUUGCAACACAAUAAGGUCUUACGAUAAGUGCCGAAGAUUAGAAGUGUUGCAAAAGAGCGACAUGUACAAAAAAUGGAGAGAGAUUAGGACACAACAGAUGUUCAAUAGAGGAAAAAAGGAGCAGACUACACUAGAGCACCCGCGAACCACCCAUAAAUCUGACUGAAAUUUGAGUUAGUCUUUUUUUGUAUUGGAUGGCGUAGAGUGUAGGGAAGCGAAAAGAGAUGUGAUGGAAGAAUAUGGACAUGAUGGAAUCAGGUGCUCGUCAAUUUGUGGGCCUACCGCUUUAUUGGGACAUGUAUCGUCUUUGACUUUAGCCUGUUCAUUUGUCUCGGUUUUGUCUAAUCUAUUUUGAAAAGGAGUUGAAAUAUUUGGGAUUGAAGGAAGUUGGGGUCGACAAGUCUUGGGGGUAAAAAUUAAUGAGAAAAUACAUCUAGUCGCCUUAGCUGAAUGACUUUAAUAGCCUGAGUGUCCUUGAAAACUGCAAUUUUCCUUCAUUUGUAUUUGUUGUUGUUGUUGUUGUUGUUGUCUUUAAUCAAAGUUUCUCAGUCAAGUCCAGACAAAGAUGUAUUUUUAAGGACAAGAAAGGUUCUGAGCCCAAAAGAAAAAGUUGUUGAGAA